UAAUAAAAUAUUUUCUAUAUAUAUUUUUUUCCAUUGACAUUACUAUUUUAUGUAAAAAUAAUGUGUAAUUAUGUAUCGUCUAAAGUGAAUGAGAAUUUGGUUAUACCGAAAGAUUGCUAUGUCCUUAUUUCAAUUAUUGGUCUUCAUCGAAAAGAGAAAAACUGGAAGAAUCCUUUAACAUUUGAUCCGGAUCGAUUUUUGCCAGGAAACUUCGAUAAAAAAUAUUUUCUGCCAUUUAGCCGAGGGAUUAGAAACUGUAUAGGACAGGAUUUUGCUAUGCUCAAAAUCAAGAUAAUUGCUGCUACCAUAUUAAGAAAAUUUACUCUACACACAGAUUAUGCAGUAUCAAUUGAAGAUAUUAAACUGAAAUUUGGUAUAACUUCGCAUCCAGCAGAACCUAUAAUAUUGCGAUUUUGUAAAAGAUGACAUUAUUCAUUAUUUUCAAUACUAUGCUUCCAAUAAAACAAUUGUUAUA